AUGCGUGGUUAUAUCUUCUCAUUUUUAUUGAUUGCUUUUGCAACCUUUUCAGCAACCGCAAUCGAAAUUGUUUAUCCGUCAUCGCAAUAUUAUUGGGUAUAUGGUAGUUCUCAGUAUGUUAUGUGGACUUCUAAUUCAACGGAUCCCUCAUCUUUCAACAUUUAUUUGAGAAAUAAUGAUUUACCUCAGUUAGCGGUUGGAAGUGGUCUUGCUCUUGCAAACUCCGUUGCUACUAGUCUUCAAAAAACAAAUAUUACCCUUUCCGAUAAUUACGGUAAAGAUACAGGUUUUUUCAUUUACUUCUCCCACCCUUCUAAUGCCUCAAUGAUUUAUACCACAUCCGAGUUGUUUUCGAUUAAGCCAAGUGGCACUGCACCCUCAGUUUAUACUCCACCAUCAACCCCUACUCCUACCCCUGAAGCUAGUCCAACUAAGUCUGCUGCCGGAACAUCAUCUACUUAUAAAAGUCUUGCCUAG